CUCCGAGCUCCGUUGUAUGAGCAUCGUGUGUGUGAUUGUGUAUGGAAAAAUAUUUGCAUUUUGUACUAAAAAGUCGGGCUUUGUAGUAUGUCUUGACAAGUGAGAGAGACUUUCCAACGAGGGUCUCGGCAGUCAAGGGUUCAUCACGAUGGCAGGCGGUCAACAGCUUCCGGAACAGUAUACUGUACCACAACUAGCCAAUUUCUUUCACAGUCUGCCACAUCUUAACGUAUCUCUACACUCCGUUAACAACACCUUUAAUCCCAACUCUGAGAUAUAUAUCGAGAGUCUGGGUAUCCUAGCUAGCAUUCCUGCUGCCUGGCUGAUCUUGACACUUCUUGUACUGCUGGUUUAUCUCGUAACGAGAUGCUGCGAUCGAAAGCCACGGCCUCGAAGAUCAAUAACUUUGCUCAAAUGCUCGCUAGCAAUUCUAGCAGUUUUAUGCUCCGGUGCAGUUGCAGUUGGACUUUAUGGCAACGAUGAUGUUCAUAAUGGCCUCGUACAACUUUUAGAUGCCGCUAAACACGUGGACACUAGUGUUACUUCGAUAAAAAAUCAAACAGACACCAUUGAGAAUACAUUAAAAAAAAAACUGGAACCUGAUCUUACCACUCUAAGAGAUGAAUUCGACGCGCCUGUUGGCAAUAAAACCGCUCUGGACUACUUGAUGAAAGUGUGGGAUUAUAUGACACACAAUACAUCCAUUGCUGUCAAUCGAACUUAUGAAAUAAGGAAACCAUUGAACGGGAUAAAUCUUGGAAGGAUCGUUCUGAUGGGUGAAAGGAUCGAAUUAUUCAGGUGGCCUGUUACUAUGGCUGUUCUUAGUACUCUUCUUGUACUUUGUGUGGUUCUGCUGGUCGGAGUCGCGCGACACUCUCGAUGUGCUCUCAUUACAUUUUCUGUAUUCGGCCUCUUUGCUGUCAUAGUAUCAUGGCUGAUGGCUUCAUUGUACUUGGCGACGGCAGUGGCCCUAGGCGAUCUUUGUGUGUCACCCGAUGGCUAUCUAACUAGAUCAGUACCAUCAUCAUUAGCCGCAGAAGUACUAAAUUAUUACAUGCGCUGUGAAAGUACACGAAAUAAUCCCUUUACAUUACGACUGAGAGAAGGCCAGUUAGCGGCUGGUAAUAUGAGAACAAGUCUGACUAUCGUAGAACGUAUUGCAUUGGAUCUAUUCAGAGAUCAACAACUUGCGCCUAAACUCAGUAGCCUGAAGAAUGAAGUAAAUACUGUAGAUCGACUUAUGUCUGGUUUAACAACUCUUUUGGAUUGUAAACCACUUCAUAAGCAAUAUGUCAGUGGUGCAAAAGGCCUGUGUCAUCUUGGAUUAUACGGUUUGACGUUCAUGUUAUUAGCAAGCUUGACAGCUGGUUUAUUCUUCACUGUAUUAGUCUGGGUGGACUCUCAUACGUGGAUCUACAUUCGGAAGCGAAGAGAUUACCACCAAGUUGAUGAGCAGGAUCCAUUCUUACCACCAUCAGCAGCUUCCCAGGCGAUCGCAGCUAGAACUCUUCGUGGCCAAGGGUCGUACCCACCUACAGCCCCUACUCUUAAUCCAAAUUCUCAUGGCACGAAUAAUACAAUUAAGCAGCCUCUUCUGCUAACGCCGCCCCCGCCAUCCUACGCUACUGCAACAGCUCGCGCACGACAGCUGCACGAGAGCAUGUUAAAAGGUGGGGGUAUUAAUGGCAGCGGAGGAAUCGGAGAUCACAAACAGUCUCAGCAUAAUCAGCAAUCAAGUGGACGAUCUGACCACCGUUCUGGGCACGGAGAUCAACCUGGAAGGGAACCUCCUUGGACACCAAGUGUGGCAUCCUUCACUGGCACCAUGUCUCACAACUCCCAUGGACCUGCUCAUCUUGCAACUUUCCAAGACUCUCGUAAGACUCAGACGUUGGAUCCAAAGAAUUUGGCUAAUUUAAAACGUGGCGCAACACCUGCAUGGAAUCAAAAUCGUCCUUUACCACCUAAUGCAACCCAACCUACUUGGGAAUUUGAAAAUCGUUCCCAAACCAACAUGAACCAAUUUCGUUCUUUAGUGAAAAAUAAAGCUCCUAAUGUUAGGAUCCAAGAUCAAGUGCAGGAUCAAGUUAGAACUCUUGAUAGAAAUUUUUCACGUGGUCAAUUCAAUGGUAUAACGCCUAAUAAUGCAGUGCCAAAUAUGUAUGGUACAUACAAUCGCUCACAAGCAAGACAAGAAAAAGCAUCAGCGGUUCCAACGCUUAGCCAAGUCCAAGGCAGUGAUCCGAAUCUCUAUGCUGUGACAGAGUUGUAGAAACGGUCCUGAUCAAGGUAUUAGUUGAAAAACCAAAGCUGUAGAAAGGCGGAAUUAAUGGAGACUGAUAUGAAAAAUAAGAGAGGGGGCAAAAGUCUCGGAUGUACGAUUAAAAAAUGAUUGGUAAGUUUUAUUACAUGAUUAUUCUAAAGAGAAAACAAUGAAUCUCAAUAGAAAAAAAAAGGGAUAUAAAAUUAUUGGAUCUUACAAUGUAAUUCGAGAAUAAAAAAUAUACAACCCUAUGGAUUUAUCUUGCAGACGACUGAUUGGUUUAUGGUCUAUGCAAUAAAGUAUGAGUACCUGGGGUGAUAGAUUCAAUAGUAAUCAAUCAAUAUUCACAUAUAUUGUGAGAGAGAAUACCAAAAGACAAUUUUUUUAUAUAAUUUAUAUUUCACAUAUUAUCUAUCGCGCAAAUUGUAAGUACGUACUAUUCAUCUUUGUUUUGUCUUUUUUAUUAGAAAAUUUAUUACGUCCCACCUAAAUAAAUAACAAUUAAAUGAUAAUUAUCAAGGUAGAGCCAAGUUACCAGUAAAAUAAUAAUGAUUAAGAUCAAGAUUUUAUACCAGGCUUUCUUGAUAAGCAUAAACCUUUAAUAAAAAAAAAAAAAAGCAAACGCAUUAUUAUCAUUAUACUGAUAAAUACUGCCACUACUCAGGCAAUAUUAUUAUUACAAGUACAAACCGUUAUCGGUGGUACGUGAUUUCGUACGAUCAAAGAAAUACAUAAAGGUUCUAAAUUAAUCGAAAAUAAUUUUUUAUUAUUAUUUAUUCUAUGUGGAAUGUGAGACUGUAUCAUUGAUACAAACGAAAAUAAAUUAUAAUUAUACACAAGUAUUCGCUGAACAACGAAAUCUUACCGGCGAUUUCAUACUCCAUUCCGCUAUUUAUUUUCACCUUUAUUCUGUAAAUACAUAGAUAAAAAUAUAUAAGAUUAUAAAUUAGAGGUGUAAAGUGUGGUAAUUAACAAAAGAAAGAUAUAAUCUUCAAUGUUGUUUCAAAAUAUCAAAGUGAUUAUAAACAAACAAAAACUACUUUAAAUAAUUCAAAAGGGUAUUCCUGAAUGAUUAAAAAAAAAAAGUCCUCCCACUCUUAAUUUCACUAAUUUUAUGUGAGAAUAAUAACCCGUGCCAUUCCACACGCAUUUAGUAAUAAUUUUUUUCAAACUUUUUUAAAAAUAAUAUUUCUACCUGUAUGUUUUUUUUUCUAUUCAACUAUUUAAAAGUGUUAUAAAAUUUUUUUUUACUGAAUUUAUAAAUAAAGAAAGAUAAUAAAGAAGAAAAUUGAAUGAAAAUUGAUGGGAAAGCGUUAUAAUUGCGAGUAUUCAUGUGGACUGCUUCAGCAUGGGUAUGAAAACCCGUUGUAAAUAUUUGUAAUAUUUAUUAUAAAUGAUAUUUAGAUAAUUAGAUGGCGUCACAUUUAAUUUAUAGAUUAUUAAGUUCCACAUUUGAGGAAUCAAUAAUGCGUCGCUGGCUAAUAGAAGACACAAGUAAAUAAAAGAGAAUUAAUAAUAAAAAAUAAAAAAAGAGUAAUGUAGUUAUAACGAACAUUAGCAUAAAAAGAUUUGAUGGUGUAGGAAGGUAUAUAUUAUAUCCUAGUCAUUAAGUAAACAGCAGGUGUGUUCAGCAGAAAUAAAUAAACUUGAAAUAAUUUCUUGCCAAAUUCAUCAUGUGAAAUGGCUCAACUUUUUAUUGAAAAAACAAAAAAAAACAAAAAAAUAGCUGAAAAUAUUCUAUUUGAAGUAAUACCUAAUGCUAUGCCACUGUCAUUAAAUAUUGCUCUUAACAUAUACUCGACAAAAAAGGAACGUAAUUAGUGUUAAAUUGCAGUGCAUUAAAGAAAAAAAACAUUUGUGUAGUUAUUAAUGGGUAAAUAAUAAAAUAGAAGACGAAAUUAAAAGAAUUAAUUUAAUAAGAAUCUUACGAAAAGGUCAAAGUAAUUAAUAAAAUAUCGUCUAUUGUUAAAGACUGCCCUGAGAUAUACAAAUACGGGAUCAAUACAGUAUUUAACUAAAUAAAAUGUUUUUUCAAUUAUUAUAUUUAUUUUAAGAUCUGGUUCUGAAUUAAUGAAAAAUUCGUAAUUGCUGAUUAAAGAUGUUUGAAUAGCACGUGUGUAUAGUGAGUCCCUGAGGUGUAAGAAAAAGAGAAAUAACAGUUGUAGUAAUAAAUUCUAAACACCAGUUUAGUGUAUUUAACACAGCCUAGACACCAUUGUCAAUGAAACAUUCAUUCUAAUUGUUUGUCAAUUGAAAUUGCAGUUUGAAUGUCUAUUGUUCUAAAGUAUAAAUUAAAUUAUCUGUUUACUAUAAUAAUUGUCAUGUUGUUCAAUUUUUUAUCAUUUUUAUACAUAAAAAAACGAACGAUGUGUGUGCGAAAGUACGUAAAAUUAAAAUUGAAUGAUUGAUAUUGUAUUUUAUUUAUUUUUUUCAUGUAAGUGUUUGCCGUUAAUGGCUGUUGAAAAUUUGAAUUUCUAAAGUAAUAUUUAAUAGUGGCCUAUCACACGUUUGUACGCAUUAUAUAUAAACAUUGAUAACGAAAGAAAAAAAAAAAAAUCAAAACUUCAUCAAUUUUUCAAUAAUUACAUAACGAGAAAAGAAAAAAAAAUGAUAGCACAAAAGCCGUCUUUGUUUUUUCGGCUGCUCAAUUUUUGCACUUCUUUUAAAACUGUGUUAGCAGUAAUGCCAAUUUUUUUUAGAUAAGUAUAUAAAAGUGACUCAAAAUUAAAUAAUUAAUAAAAAUUCAUACAUAAAUUAAGAUUUGUAUCACUUGGUAUUCAUGGUGAACAUAAGCUUACAAAACCAUGAAAAAAAAGAAAAUAAGUUCAUUCGAUAUUGUGUCUAAUUGCCAUGCAACUGAAUUUUAUUAUUCCUCUUAUUGUAUCGCUAAUUGAAUAUUAUUGAAAGAGAAAUAAAAAAAAAUUAUAAAAAAAA